AUGGCCUCCGAAUCAAUAAACUCGUCUCGAGGCGAGUUUCAAGACCGCAACCAGCAGGGUUCUGCGAACGACAGCGUUCCUCACGCCGCUCGCGGUGCCAGUGCAACUCCAGCGCCAAUGUCCUGGUUUCCCCUCGGUUAUAGAGAGGGGUUCAGCCAGUGGUGGUCGUCAAUACCAGCUGCUGCGGCUGAGCACAAAGUCCUCUCUUAUCUUCCUUACCUCCAGCACCAACCGCCGACACAUCUACAGACCGGAAAGACAGCCAAUGGCGGAAACAGCGAAGCCGCCAGCCUACAAUCCGCGGACCAGAGCCAGCAGAGUGACGUAGCGGCCACUUCAUUUGAUGAUCCGUACGGGCCUCGUCGAUGGCUCUCCAGCAUGGUGCAAUUAAGCGGUAAGAACCGGGCGCUUAACGAAUUCUCCGUGGAGCGCGUUGGAGAGGAGGCAGAUCAGCACUUGGUUAUGCUUCACGGUUACGGCGCCGGGCUAGGUUUUUUCUACAAGAACUUUGAGCCACUGAGCCGGCUUCAGGGAUGGCAACUUCAUGCGCUAGAUCUCCUCGGCAUGGGUCGCAGUACCCGGCCGCCAUUUCGCAUCAAGGCCAAGGAGCGCGAAGAUGCAAUCAGAGAGGCGGAAGACUGGUUCGUGGAUGCGCUCGAGGAAUGGCGUGCCAAGCGCAAGAUUGAGCGGUUUACACUCCUUGGACACAGUCUAGGCGGGUAUAUCGCCGUGAACUACGCGCUCAAAUACCCAGGGCGCAUUAACAAACUCAUUCUAGCCUCACCCGUCGGGAUUCCAGAAGACCCAUACGCCGUGACAGCCGAAAUGCCAUCAAAGCAAGACCAAGCCGCCAUCGCAGCCGAAGCUGCCGCAGUACCGCCCGGCGACGCCCCGAAAGGCGACAACAACAUCCUUCUCAGGGGCCCUCCAGCCGACGCCUCAUCUUCAACGGACCGCCCUCCCCGUCGCACAGUACCCAAAUGGUUUGCCUACCUCUGGGAAGCCAACAUCUCCCCCUUCAGCCUCAUCCGGUGGGCCGGACCUCUCGGGCCCCGUCUCGUCUCCGGCUGGACAUCCCGCCGCUUCUCCCACCUCCCCGCCGACGAGGCAAAGGCUCUGCAUGACUACUCCUACUCCAUCUUCAGCAUGCGCGGUAGCGGCGAGUACGCCCUCGCCUACAUCCUAGCACCAGGGGCCUUCGCGCGCAGCCCGCUAAUCCGCCGAAUCGAGGGCGUCGGCCGCCAGAUGAUCCCCGCCUCCGUACCCCUCCCCUCCUCUUCAUCAUCAAGCUCCUCAGGAACUACAACAUCCCAAUCCCGCCGCGAAACAGGCCUCCCCGUCGUCUUCCUCUACGGUGACCACGACUGGAUGGACUACAAGGGCGGAAUGGCAGCCGCAUCAAAGAUCAUCAAGGAGAAGCGCCGCAUUCUCGAGAACGCAACGCCUGAGGAGCGCGAGGCGGACAAUGGGUCUGCGAAGGUCGUUAUGAUUAAGAACUCCGGGCACCAUGUUUAUCUGGAUGGGUGGGAGCAGUUUAAUGAUACCGUGCUGUCGGAGAUGGAUGAGGUGGCGAGGAGGGAGCGGGCGAAGUUAUAA